AUGGAGGACGCCCAUUGUAAAUCCGUGGAAGAAAUAAUAAAUUAUUUCGGCGUUGAUGCCGACAAAGGACUAGGUCCUGAUCAAGUCAAGAGGAACCAAGAGAAGUAUGGUCUCAACGAAUUGCCAGCUGAGGAGGGAAAAUCCAUCUGGCAACUCGUCCUGGAACAGUUCGAUGACCUCCUAGUUAAGAUUCUUCUAUUAGCCGCUAUUAUUUCUUUUGUAUUAGCCUUAUUUGAAGAGCACGAGGAUGCAUUCACGGCCUUCGUUGAGCCCUUCGUCAUCCUGCUCAUCCUUAUCGCCAAUGCCGUGGUCGGCGUCUGGCAGGAACGGAACGCCGAGUCCGCGAUUGAGGCGCUCAAGGAGUACGAACCCGAAAUGGGUAAGGUCGUACGAGGGGACAAGUCCGGCGUCCAGAGGAUCCGGGCCAAAGAGAUCGUGCCCGGUGACGUCGUAGAGAUAUCGGUCGGCGACAAAAUCCCGGCUGAUAUCCGCCUGUCCAAGAUCUUCUCGACCACCCUCAGGAUCGACCAGUCUAUCCUGACUGGUGAAUCGGUGUCCGUAAUCAAGCACACCGACCCUAUUCCCGACCCGCGCGCUGUCAAUCAGGAUAAGAAGAACAUCUUGUUUUCUGGUACCAACGUCGCCGCCGGCAAAGCCCGCGGUAUCGUCAUCGGAACCGGCCUGAACACGGCCAUCGGUAAGAUCCGUACAGAGAUGUCGGAGACCGAGGAGAUCAAGACGCCGUUGCAGCAAAAGUUGGACGAGUUCGGCGAGCAGCUGUCGAAGGUGAUUUCCGUGAUCUGCGUGGCCGUGUGGGCCAUCAACAUCGGCCACUUCAACGACCCGGCCCACGGUGGAUCCUGGAUCAAGGGUGCUAUCUACUACUUCAAGAUUGCCGUCGCUCUCGCCGUAGCGGCCAUCCCCGAGGGUCUGCCCGCUGUAAUUACGACUUGUUUGGCCUUGGGCACCAGGCGUAUGGCUAAGAAGAACGCCAUUGUGCGAUCCUUGCCGUCUGUCGAGACUCUGGGUUGCACGUCCGUCAUCUGCUCAGACAAGACCGGCACUUUGACGACCAAUCAGAUGUCCGUUAGCCGAAUGUUCAUCUUCGAGAAGGUCGAGGGUAACGACAGCAGCUUCCACGAGUUCGAGAUCACUGGUUCGACCUACGAGCCCAUCGGUGAGACCUUCCUGAGGGGACAAAAGAUCAAGGGACAAGACUUUGAGACGCUGCACGAACUCAGUACGAUCUGCAUCAUGUGUAACGACUCGGCGAUCGACUUCAACGAGUUCAAGCAGGCGUUCGAGAAAGUCGGCGAAGCCACCGAGACCGCCCUGAUCGUCCUCGCCGAGAAGAUCAACCCGUACGGCGUCCCGAAGAGUGGUCUGGACCGCCGUGCCGGCGCUAUCGUGGUCAGGCAAGAUAUGGAGACCAAGUGGAAGAAGGAAUUCACGCUUGAGUUCUCCCGCGAUCGCAAGUCCAUGUCGUCGUACUGCGUGCCGCUCAAGCCGUCGAAACUGGGAACCGGGCCGAAGCUGUUUGUCAAGGGUGCACCGGAAGGUGUGCUAGACAGAUGCACGCACUGCCGCGUCGGUGGCCAGAAAGUGCCGCUCACGUCGACCCUGAAGAACCGCAUCUUGGACUUGACCAGGCAAUACGGAACCGGUAGGGACACGCUGCGCUGCCUCGCGCUCGCCACCGCCGACCACCCGAUGAAGCCCGACGACAUGGAUCUGGGCGACUCCACCAAAUUCUACACCUACGAGAAGGAUCUCACGUUCGUCGGCGUGGUAGGCAUGUUGGAUCCGCCUCGCAAGGAAGUGUUGGACUCGAUCGCGAGGUGCCGUGCCGCCGGUAUUCGUGUAAUCGUCAUCACUGGCGACAACAAAGCCACCGCCGAGGCUAUCUGCCGACGUAUCGGAGUGUUCGGUGAAGACGAGGACACCACCGGCAAGUCGUACUCCGGACGCGAAUUCGACGACCUCUCGACGUCGGAACAGAAGUCCGCCUGCGCCAGGGCUCGUCUCUUCUCCCGUGUAGAGCCGGCUCACAAGUCCAAGAUCGUAGAGUACUUGCAGAGCAUGAACGAGAUCUCGGCUAUGACCGGCGACGGUGUGAAUGACGCUCCCGCGUUGAAGAAAGCCGAAAUUGGUAUCGCCAUGGGCUCCGGCACUGCGGUCGCGAAGUCGGCUUCGGAGAUGGUGUUGGCGGACGAUAACUUCUCCUCCAUCGUAGCCGCCGUUGAAGAAGGCCGUGCCAUCUACAACAACAUGAAGCAGUUCAUCCGUUAUCUCAUUUCUUCCAACAUUGGCGAGGUCGUCAGUAUAUUCUUGACCGCCGCCCUUGGUCUUCCCGAAGCUCUGAUCCCGGUACAACUUCUGUGGGUCAACCUGGUCACUGAUGGUCUUCCAGCCACCGCUCUCGGCUUCAACCCGCCCGAUCUGGACAUCAUGAGCAAGCCUCCCCGCAAAGCUGACGAAUCUCUGAUUUCUGGAUGGCUAUUUUUCCGCUACAUGGCUAUCGGUGGAUACGUAGGCGCUGCCACCGUCGGCUCGGCUGCCUGGUGGUUCAUGUACAGUCCAAAUGGACCCCAAAUGAACUACUACCAAGUGACUCAUCACUUAGCGUGUAUUGGCGGUGGAGAAGAGUUCAAGGGUGUCAACUGCAAGAUCUUCGCGGACCCUCACCCCAUGACGAUGGCUCUCUCUGUGUUGGUCACUAUUGAAAUGUUAAAUGCCAUGAACAGUUUGUCCGAGAAUCAGUCGCUCAUCUCCAUGCCGCCUUGGUCUAACAUGUGGCUCAUCGCCUCCAUGGCCCUUUCUUUCACACUCCACUUCGUCAUCCUGUACGUCGAUGUUCUUUCGUCCGUAUUCCAAGUGACCCCGCUAACGGGUGAAGAAUGGGUUACCGUUAUGAAGUUCUCCAUUCCAGUGGUACUUCUCGACGAAACCUUGAAGUUCAUUGCCAGAAAGAUCACAGACGUGGCGCUGCCAGUGACCUCGCUGAAAUAAAGAACGAGAGGGCGAGGAUCCGAGAGACAGCUAAAAUCGGCCGCGAGAAAUCGGCAACUCAGCACUCACACGACACUCACGAGCUGCUCGAUGGGACCGGACGUCUUUAAUAACCGAACCGAAAAAAAAAAAGCAAAAAAAUCACGAGAGAUCCCAAUUGAACCAAAGUACCCCGCACAUAUGCACCGUAAUAAAGCAUCAACCAACCACCAACCAUGCAUGCAUGCACGCACGCGUACGUACGCACGUCCGCGUACGGUGAUUCGAGACCGACCUUCCCCCCGGCGCGGGAUAUGAAAAAGAAAAGAAAAAGAAAAUAGAGAAAAAAAAAACACAAACGAACAAGAAGGAACACAGAACGAAUGUACGAGUAGUUUUAUGGUGUAUAGGGUAUUAUAUCGCAGUCGCACGCGACUACGUCUGCCUGUAUAACUGAUAUUGUUAUUUAUUUAUUAUUACACGUUGUACGCGCUCUAGCGGGUUUCUAAUGAUGUGAUGGUUGUGAUGAUAAACGAAUAAGGGUAUUGAUUCUA